AUGGCCUUAGAAGAUAUAGUGAAGAGUCUUGUCACGAGCACCCAAGCAUUCCAGACCGAAACUAGAGCUAGUAUCAAGAAUCUGGAGCAACAGGUGUCUCAACUUGCCACUUCUGUGGGUCGUAUGGAGUCUCAAGGAAAGUUACCAGGGCAUACAGAAAAUAAUCCAAAGCACAAUGUGAGUGCUAUUUCCUUGAGAAGAAGAAAUACAUAUGAAGGCCCAAGCUCAUCUGAACCAGAAAACAAAGAUGAAGAUGAGUUUGAAGAGGUUCUGAUAGAAGAAGGAGAUGUGGAAGGGAUAGAAAAAGAAGCUGAAGUUGAAGAGUUUGAAGAGGUGUCGGUUGAAGAAGAAUCUGAAAAGCUGGAAGAAAAAGAAACUCCAACACUACCCAAGCCAAUUCUGAAGGAGUACAAGCCAUUACCUCCAUUCCCAUCUAGACUAAAGAGUACGAAGCGCGAAAGAGAUGAUGAAGAUAUUAUGGAAAUUCUUCACAAGGUUGAGGUUUACCUCCAAAGUGCAAGGAUCCGGGGAUUUUCUCAGUUCCUUAUAAAUUGGGGAAACUUAAUUUUCCAAAAGCCAUGCUUGACUAAGGAGCUUCAGUUAAUGUCCUCCCGUUUUCUAUUUUUGAAAAAAUUAAAAAUGGGAACUUUAAAAAAGACUGGGACAAUUAUACAGUUGGCUGACCACUCAACAGUACACCCAAAAGGUGUACUGGAGGAUGUUCUUGUUCAAGUGGAUAAUUUGAUUUUUCCCGCUGAUUUUUACAUUUUGGACAUGGGAAACUUGGACACUUCAGAUGCAAACUCAAUUAUUUUGGGAAUACUUUUUUUGAAAACUGCUAAAACCAAGAUUGAUGUUUUUGUUGGUACUCUUUCUAUGGAGUUUGAUGGUGAUAUUGUGCACUUUAAAAUAAAUGAUGCUGAAAUUCCAAUUGAUAAACUUUCUAUUAGUUAUCUAGGUACCAACAGUCCUUUUUCUGAGGACUGUUGUGAUUUUUCUAAUGGUUUUGUGCAAGAUUUAUUUUUAGACAGGAAACUAGAUAAUUAUACAUUAAAGGAGCUGAACAUAGAUAAGCUUGGGGAGAUGAAAAAUGAUGUAAAUUUUGCUUUAGGAACUGGUACAAAGCUGAUGGAAAAAGCUAAGCUUGGGGAAGAUGAAAAAAUGGUGAUUUCUUACAUGAAACUAAAAAAGAAAAAGAAGAAAAAGAAGAAGUUGGGUGCUGUCAAGAAGAAUGGAAAAAGAAAACGGCUUUAA